CCGCGACACGUAAAGCACUGUGUAGCGAAGAAUCCUUAAAAGUGACAUAUCACCUAUGUAGCCGCGUUCUGUUCCGUACACGUUUUCUAUUUUCUAUUCCGACUCGCAGUGGUCAGUCACACCCAGACCAGCGUUGUUGGUUCAUAGGAUGAAACGAAAACAGCGAAGAUACAGAACCACGUUCAAUUCAAUUCAGCUGCAGGAACUGGAACGAGCCUUCCAGAGGACACAUUAUCCGGAUGUAUUCUUUCGGGAGGAGCUGGCGGUGAGAAUCGAUCUUACCGAAGCACGUGUGCAAGUGUGGUUUCAAAAUCGUCGCGCAAAAUGGAGGAAGAAUGAGAAGGGAAGCACUGGUGAAGAGGGGGAGGUCGCCGAGUCUGGAAAAAAUGAGCCAGGCAGUGGAAGUACUUCAGGAGGACCAACGCGAUCUACAUCGGAGGAUACUCCAUCAAACAUCAGUUACGAUAAUGUAUCACAAAACAUUAACCUCGCAAGCAUGGGGUUGAAUCUCCAGGAAGGUAAUCCUCAAGUCCACGGCUUCGACAACGACGGGAAACUUUCUCUGGGUCAGAUGUCUCCUGGGCGGAUAUCACCGAAUCUGUUUCUGAAUCUCAAUUUCGAUCACAUCAAUCCAGUCGACGGGCGAGGUGGUAACCUAACGUUCGAGUGGAAUAGUUUUCCUACCACCAGCACACAGAGUAGGCAAAAUUCCGCAUAUCCUUGCAACAUAACGGAUAUGAAUGGAACGAUCUGCAAUACAACUCUCGGAUCUACGAUAUCGCCUUCGACGAGUGGUCCUUCAUCAUCGUCUGUGAAUGCCGGUCUCCAGUAUAUGAAUAUAAGCAGUUUAGUGAACUCUUCGCCACCUUCAUCGUCCUCUGUCUAUGACGAUGAAAUGAAGUUCCUGAAUGUUGAUCACUUCAACAUGGAUAGUUUCAAAGGCGAAUCGUUGUUCAGCCUAGAUCACACUUUGCUGACGGCCAGUGAUCACCAGACCACACUCCACCAGUCUCAUCACCACAAUCAACAACCUCAGACGCAACACUCUCUAGGCAUCAGCUGCCAACACGAAGAGAAGACACAUCUUGGAUUAGAUCUGAACAAUUUCAGCCUGAAUGAUCCCACCUGCCACGAUCCGGAUAAAACAGAUAAAUCUCCCUCAGAGCUGUUAGACUUAGAAAAACCUAUAAAUAUCAACAUAAACGUCGAAAGUUUAGAUCAGUUAGAUGAUGAUAAAUAUUGAUGUUACAAGUAAUUUUGUUUUUGAUUCUUAGUUGUUCCAAUAGCUAUAGAAGAGCUAGUAAUUGGCAAUUUACCUAUUGUUUAGCAAAAAAGUAUCUUCAGAAAACCAGUGCCAUGUUCUGCAAAAACAAUCGAGAGAAUCCAUACAAUGAAUCGAAAUCUAGUCAAUGUGAAAAGAAUAGUUACCACCGAGAGAGCAGUGCCAGAAACCAUUAAAAUUAAAAAGGAAAAUCAAUAGUUUUUCCCCUGUUAACAGUAGUGUUCAGUCCUGCAUGAGUAGUCGAGUAGUUUAUGUUUUGUUUUAGCUGAAAAUAAAGUUCGAGGAAACGCAAAACAAUAAGCUGCUUUUGGGUUUUCUUUCAUUUGUCCGUGGUCGCUGCGCUGUUGGAGCGGUGUCGGUUUUGGUGGACUGCAUACGGUGUCGGUUUCAUUCAGCAAAUUGUGCUUUGCGCCUACGAGUCGAUAGUAAUGAUAUCAACAUUGGUGUAAAUUCUGUUGAAGGGGGCAAUGCUCACAUCUUCGACAUUUUUCAUUGUGUGCUUUUUUGCUCAACCCUAUCGCGCACAGCAACGUGCGCACCCCUACAUUGCGUUGCGCGCCCAUCGUCGUUCAGCAUUCGUUCGUCGUCCACUACCGCGUGUACACUGUUCUUUUUAUCCUCGUUUACGUUUAUUAAACCAAGUUGUUAACCAAGUAAAGUCGUGUGUGAUUUCUCCACCAAACAAUCCGAAACUUCUUUUGG